GCAAGGAUGGACGUGAAGCGAACCGACACAGGGUUCCUGGCAAUAGCAAUAGAGGCGGAGAACGACAGGGAGAGAACCUCGGAACCUCCAGGAAAGAUCAAGGAAUUAUUGAAGGAGUUCCAAGAUAUUCUUCCGGACGAUCUUCCGAAUGAGCUACCGCCAUACCGAACGCAUCAACACGAGAUCGUGGAGGAACCGGGUUCGAAGCCGACCUUUCGAGCACCAUAUCGGCUCAGCCCUACGGAGCUGACCGACAUGAGAAAACAAAUCGAGUAUCUCCUAGCCAAAGGACUCAUCCGACCAUCCACUUCACCGUACGGUGCCCCAGUACUCUUCACACCGAAACCGGACGGAAGCCUGCGCAUGUCCAUCGACUACCGAGCACUUAACAAGCAGACCAUCAAGAAUAAAUAUCCGAUACCGGUGAGCGUUUUGUUGCUACCGAAGUCGGUCACCGGGUUACCACCUACCACCAGCGGUCAUGACGCCAUCCUUGUCGUCAUUGACAAGUUCUCCAAAAUGGGACACUUCAUCCCGACACACACGACAGCACGCACCGAAGAAACAGCACAACUCUUCGUUCGAUACAUCAUCUCACAGCAUGGCAUUCCAACCACACUCAUCUCCGACCGAGACCCUAAGUUCGCCAGCAAGUUUUGGAAGGAACUUAUGUCUCUCCUCGGGACCAAACUCGCCAUGUCAUCUGCUUACCAUCCGCAGACAGACGGACAGACCGAGCGCCUCAACCAAAUUGUUGAGCAACUCCUUCGAACAGCCUGCAAGGACGAGAUCUCCAAAUGGGACUUGCACCUGCCCGUACUAGAGUUUGCUUACAACAAUGCUACACAUGCCGCUACUGGACAAACGCCGUUCUUCCUCUGCUACGGACGCCACCCACUCACACCGCAAAAACCGACAGCAUCAGCUACAGUCCGACCAGCACAUGAUUUCAUCACAACCAUGCAUCAGCUUUGGGAUCGGACCCACAAGCGCCUACUCGACAUUCAACAGCAACAGAAGCGCCAGGCCGAUCGCCAUCGCAACGAUCACACCAUCACGGUGGGAGACCAGGUGCUUCUUGAAACCCGCAAUCUGGACAUCAGCCAUCUCCCAUCUAAACUUCGACCUUGCUUCUGCGGGCCUUUUCUCGUUGAAGCACAGGUCACUCCUGUUACCUUCCGCUUACGCCUGCCAGCUACCUGAAAGAUUCACAACGCCUUCCA